AGAGAAAGAGUAAGGCGGGUCAUGCCUUCGCCAUCCUUGAUUAAAAAUAUGUUUAUUUAUAUAUCGCGUUUGCUGCAGCCGGUAGGCUGUGUAGCUGUGCAAAGCUGUCAGAAAUGGCAGCUUCAAGGUUACCGCAUGGUGCGCUUUCUUUAAAACAGUUUCUACAGCGACAGAAGGUUUUGGGGAUUUACAGAAACAUGCUAAGGACCAUACGGCAGGUACCAGAAGAGGGAGACAGGAAGUACCUCAGAGACUGGGCAAGAGAUGAGUUCAAGAGGAAUAAGAAUGCCACAGACCAGGAUGCCAUCCGUAUGAUGAUAACACAAGCUAACAACCAUCUAGAAGAGCUGAAGAAGUCUCUGGCACUGGCCAGGAGUUGAACACUGCGACCUGCUGUGGACUAUAGACCGACCUGGACCGGCUCUCAGUGAAGACCAUUAUGUGAUUGGUGGAGACGCUUCACGUGUUGGAAGGGAAGUGUGUCAGUGUAAGCAGGUAAUGCAGAACAUGCUGAAACUUGGGCAUGGCUGGACAUCUUUUCAAAGAUGGAUUUAUGGAGCCAACCUUUUGUGCUGCUGCUCACCAUACAGUGAGGAGGGAUGAGGAUCUUUGUUUCAUGAUCAUAAAAAAAAAAAAAAAAACCUCACUGGGCUGUGAUGUGGACUGAGCACAUCUGCUUCUGCUGUGUAUUAUAUGUAUUGUGCAUAUUAAAGAGGAAUUAAUGAAGCACAGAUGGAA